GCCCCUCUUCUUCUUCGCUCAGAAGUCAGGAUCAACCAAAAUCCUCGAACCCUAGCGCUGCACCGUGUUCUUCUUUCGUUUUUUUUCCCUCCUUCGAUCUUUUUUCUUUUUUCUUUUUUGUGCGGCGGCGCGUGAGGUUCUUUUGGGGCGCGUUGGAAACUCGUUCCGGGAGAUUCAUGUGUAAUCCUUCAACCACAUUGGGAAAUACUCGACGGAUCCCUGUCGGUAUCCUACUGCAAACUUCGGAUUCCGUACGGGAAUGGCUUCCGCCGUCUUAGCUAACCGAAACGAAGCCAAUUGGCCGCAGCCGAGAGGUAACGGUCGCGGUACGGAAGAAGGAUUCAUGGGUAAAGUUCCUUUUUCAAACCCUAACCCUAAAUUUAACAAGAAACAGUUCCAGGGCGAGAUGAAUGGUUUUCAGAUGGAUGAUUCUCCGGCUGUGACUCAAUCAGCGUCAGAUGAUGCCUCGUCGAUCAAUCAUCAUCGCAGAUUGUCCAACGGCGUCGAUUUUAGUCAAUACGUGAGCUUUAACGUUUCAUCGUGUUCAAGAAAGGAGCUGAUCGAGCUGAAAACAAGGUUAAUCUCCGAGCUAGAACAGAUACGGCAAUUGAAAAGUCGAAUCAAUUCGGGUGAACUGCAUUCCAGACCAAAACAUCAGAAAAAAAUCUCAAAAACUUUGGGAACCAAGCGGCCUUUGCCAACGUCUAGCAACGGUAUGGAGUUGAAACGGUCUAAUUCAGACAACGGAAAUCUGCUAAAGGCUUGUUCGCAAAUUUUGACGAAGCUCAUGAAGCACAAACAUGGCUGGAUCUUCAACAAGCCGGUCGAUGUGGUUGGGAUGGGCCUUCACGAUUACUAUGACAUCGUCAAGCGUCCUAUGGAUUUGGGAUCUGUGAAAGUCAAGUUAGGUAAAGAUGCGUAUGAAUCACCGUACGAUUUUGCUUCCGACGUGAGGUUGACCUUCAAGAACGCGAUGACCUACAAUCCCAAGGGCCACGACGUGCACGCCAUGGCCGAACAAUUACUUAUAAGAUUUGAAGAAUUGUUUCGACCUGUGGCCGAAGCACUUGAAGAAGAAGAUCGGCGGUUCUGUGGCUAUCAAGAAGAGUUGCCAGCGAGUUCAUGGAAUCAUUCAGAGGCUGAAAGGACGGUGAAGAAGGACACUACACAGAAGCAAAUUGUGAAGAAAACCGAGCCAAUGAAAGCUCCGUCAAGCUCUUCUAACCCGCCUAUGAUGCAGUCGCCUGUUAAAACUCCAUCGCCUCUACGAGCGCCGCCCGUAAAGCCGCUAAAGCAGCCAAAACCAAGAGCUAAAGAUCCUAAUAAGAGGGAAAUGACCCUAGAAGAGAAGCACAAGUUGGGAAUUGGGUUGCAAAGUUUGCCACCAGAGAAAAUGGAACAAGUUGUACAAAUCAUAAAGAAGAGAAACGGUCACUUGAAGCAGGAUGGUGAUGAGAUUGAGCUCGACAUUGAAGCCGUAGAUACAGAAACUCUAUGGGAGCUUGAUCGGUUGGUUACAAAUUGGAAAAAGAUGAUGAGCAAGAUCAAACGACAGGCUCUUAUCACUGCAGCAUCUAUGAAACCCAAUGGGGUUAUGCCUACCCCUGAGAAAAUAGAAGUGGGUUCCGAAACAAAGAAGCAACGGAAAGGGGAAGCCGGUGAAGAAGAUGUGGACAUUGGCGAUGAGAUGCCCGCAAGCAAUUUUCCACCAGUGGAGAUCGAGAAAGAUGCCGGAGGAGGCCAUGCUAGCAGUAGUUCCAGCGGCUCAAGUAGUUCUAGCAGUGAUGAUUCUUCCUCUUCCAGUGAUUCAGAUUCCGAAGGCAGUUCUUCUGGGAGCGAUUCUGACGACAAUGCACAAUGAAGCGGGAUAUGACGAACAGGAAGAAAAGGGUCUGAAAGAGAUCGAAAAUGGAGAGUUGCAAACCCCUCUCGCGCUGCACGGAGUGGACCGUUGGCCAGAAAUUUGUCUGAAUGAGGUAUUGUUAUAUCUCUAAAUUUGUUUAAAAAUUCUCGUUAUCUCAUUAGCUAUUACACAAUGUGGAUCAAUGCUGAUUAGAUUAAAACCUUUUUAGGGCUGUAAAAUCUUCAGAAUGUGGAAUAGAGGCUUCACAAUGGGUUGGAAGUCUGGCAGUUUCUGCCUCGCUAUGGCUCUUGAAGAAGGCAAUAACGUAAACAUCAACUUGAAGAACCUAAACAAAUGGAGAACGAGGGAAUGGAAAGAUGUAGGUGAAGGGAGGAUGAUAGGGCAGAGGAGAGACCGGUGUAGGAAUGUAGGAGAAAAUCAGGUUUAGAAUUUGAGGUUUUUUGUUUUCUUUUUUUUGUUUUUUACUCAUGUGUGUACACAUCAUUACACUUUUUUUAUACAUAUGCUUCAAUGUCAAUCAAUGUGCAAAAUUUUGUGGGUUUGAAA